AAGAGCACUGCCCCGAAAGCAGCAAUUUAAUUGAUUAAACCAUCGCUGCGAUCGAUGCCCGUUCGUGACUUGGACAACAAUAAUAAUGAAUAAUAAUGAGACGAGCCCUUGCUGGGGCUGUCUUGAACGAAGCCUUGUCCCAAGCACACAGCAUCCUCUCUAGUUUCUGGUCCCUCCCUCACCUCAGUGACCUCACCUCCCUACAGCCACCAUUCUCUCUCGCUGACUCUGCUCGUACUCCUCGAGAUAGGCCUUUGCCGGCGGGUGCCAUAUGCCUGUCAUGCACGCUCUUUUUGAGCAGUAGUAGGGCUGCCCAGAGGAAGAAGGCCCAAUGCGGCUCAACUCCUGAACUGCCACGGUUUCUUUGUGUGCUCAAAGACCUGGUAUUUAACAGCCCCCGCAGACGCAGAUCAGUUCUCUUCAUCCGCUUGUUAUGACUACACCCCUACCUACACAGUACAUCUUGUGUUUGUUUUCUUGCCGGCCACCUCAGCAAAUAAUUUUCAGAUCUCCUGGCCCUUUUCGGCUGGCAGCUUAUUUAAAUAUAUUGUAUGACCUAUGCGCCUCAAACUUGAGAAAGUUGACGGAAACAUCCGCGCCGUUACCGGUCAGGUUCCUCUCGUUUCUGGCUAUGAUUUAAAAUAAACACCCCCCCUUGCGAGGAUUUAUUCUAUUAUCCCUCAUCUAUUCUCUCUGAAUCCGUCUGGAUUUCAGCGCAUACUAGACAUGACGACACCCGUCCCUUCCACCACAGAGAGCAGCCGUAUCCCCGCCUCAAGGAAGAUCGACAAGCGCUCCCGUCUACUAGAAUGGCCCCGGCUGGCGGGGCUGGGCGAGCUGGACGUGAAGGCAGAACAGCUCCAACCACUUCACUGGCUUGCGCACCCAUUUCCUGCGGAACUCAAAGGCACAUUAGACACCACCCCUCCAGAUAUCAUAACUAUCGUUCAUCAGUCUUUAGCUGUUGAUCUGUACAGGAAAAAGGCUCCUUCUUCUGGUGAUGGCGGGUCAGAUGCGCACCUGGCUGGGGAUCGACGGUCGCUCAUGUCCGAUUCACAGUACAGACCACGAAACGGUUCGACUUCCCAGCUAUCUCGUUUGUCAUCGUUGAACAACUCUGAUGGCAGCCGAUCGCCCUCGAAGCUCUCGAUGGACUCGGGGUCUAUCAAACGCCCUUUAGGCUGGAUCGCUAGUAAGACGCCGAAACCUACAAAGGGGCUUAGGGAUAGAUUAAGAGAGCGCAAUACAUUCAAGGAAUGUUCGAGCUGUUUUGACGAUAUAUUGGAUAAGAAUCUGAUCACCCUGAAUUGCCAACAUAAAUAUUGCCUGGGAUGCUUUUUGCAACUCGUCAAUACCGCAAUGGCCACCGAAAGGCUCUUCCCUCCAAAAUGUUGUCUUGAGGAGAUACCGCAGCGAAUUAUCCUUGAUAAUUUGGACCACACUAGAAGAGACGCAUACAAAUUGAAAGUGCAGGAAUACGCUCUUGCUGAACCGAAUCGAGUAUAUUGCCCUGAACCGUCAUGUGCGAAAUGGAUACCUCCGAACAAACUCAAAAAGGGCAAAAAGCCUACUCAAAAGAGCUGUCCAUAUUGCCGCGUUGAGAUUUGUACCCUCUGCCGAGGGCUAACGCAUGCAAACCUUAAUGACUGUCCCCAAGACCAUGGAUUGGAGGCUACACUGGAGGAAGCCGAAAAUCGCGGCUGGAGAAGAUGCUACAACUGCCAUUCUCUAGUUGAGUUGACUGCUGGUUGUCGGCAUAUAACUUGUAAAUGUGGAUCGGAGUUCUGCUACACAUGUGGAGCUCGGUGGCGGACAUGCGAAUGUACGGAAGAUGAUCAACGUCGUAGGCAAGGUGAUAUCGAGACACGCCGGCUCGAGAGGGAUCGACAAAUGCAAACCGAGGCUGCUGAGAUCGCAGAGGCGAUUGCCCAGAUCGAACGCAUGGAGCUCGAGGAAGCCAGGAAGAGAGAACUGAGGGAAGAAGAGCAACGCCGCAAGGAGGAAGAGGAGCUCCGCGAUAAAGAAGUUAAGCGGAUGCUUUAUAUCGCCAAUAGACUAUGGAGCUUACGCACUGCGCUAUCAAACGUCAAUGAGUCUCAACAGACCCUACUUAUCAAACGACAUGAAAAGGCUGUGCAUGACCUCCAGAUCAGGACCAUGGCGGGCUCGUCAGAGGUCAAGGAACAAGAGGAAAGGCUCCUAACGGGCCUAAGAACAAACCAAAAACAACGCAUGGAUCAACUACUAGCUUUGCAAAAGGUAGAAGUCGACAGCAUCACUACCCGCCACGAAGAAGAGGAAGACGAGGCCUUCCUCACCAUCUUCCGCCAUCUCAAAGGAAAUGCCAACCGCGAGAGCAGAGAGAAAGCCAUCCUAGGUAAACUCAAAGCCGACCAGGAGAGCGAAAUGCGCACCCUUGAACAAGCCCAUCAGCAAGCAAUCCUUACCCAAGAGAAAACUAACAACCUCGAACUAAAAGCCCUUGAAGCCGGACUAGCACGCGACUACACCUCAACCCGCGAAGCGGAGCAGGACACCGUCUCCAAGCUGGUGCAGAGGGUCAUCGUCGAUCGCAGUUGGUUUACCGCGGCUGUCGAGAAGCGCUGGAAGAUGCUCGACGAAUACAGAACCAGACUGAUAGACACAGGCGUGGAUAUCGUGGAAUUGCCCGCCGUGGAAGUCGUGCCGAAUCCUGUGGAGCUGCCUGCCGACUCGGAGUUUGGAGAUGCGAACAUUGAAGCGGUUCUUACGCCAACCCAAUCUAGCCCCGCCCUCGUACUCGUCCCUGCGCCAGUACCAGUGCCUGUAACAUCUCUUCAGCUGGAGCCGAAGCUGCCACAUCCUCAGCUUGCUGUUGUAGCCCCCGUGAAACCGGAGAGGGCCACGGCGGCAGUUCAGGAGCCUCCAAUACAGAAGAAGAAACGGGGAUUUUCGCGGCUGGCGGGUCAGUCGCCGUAUUCGCUGUUGGGAUGAUGGGCUUGUCUUUUGGAGUGUGUAUUUUUUAUUUUUUUAUUUUCUGGUUUAAAUCUUUCUUUUGCUUCGUCUUCCUUCUUGUUUCCAGCCGUUCAUAUUUCUCGUUUGUCUUUCGCGAUCUGAUGGGCGCCUAUUGAUACUGUUUUAGAUUCACACACACACACACACACACAUAUAUAUAUAUAUAUAUCUCCCCUGUGAGCAUCUGUUUGGGUUCUUGCAGUUUAAGUUUCAUCUUUAUUUCUUCCCUUGUUUCACCUUGUUCCAGCAUUUGUAUUGAGUCUGAUUAUUUACGGAGUCAAGUUAAUCUUCUUUAUAAAUCUCAAUAUUUGGAUACAUGAGAAACGUACUUCGACUUGCCUCCUGUCUAUAUAAGUCAGACGGAAGGCGGCUGAUAUCCAUCUUAGUUUGAUGUUGACAUUUUAUUAUACAUUCAACUGACUCUUAUCAUUUGGCUCUCCAGUGUGCCUUAUGUUGUUGUCUUUGCAGCAUUGUGCUUUCUUUUCCCUCCUCCUUUUCCAGCGUUGAAACCAUACGUAGAGGGAGACUGGAUUUCUUUGAUGUUGGAAGUUCUAUAAAGAACUGUUGCCUUGAAAGUUUUGUGAGUGUGAUGAAAUGUGCGGAGAUAGAAAAAGGGGUUCAGGUGCGUGCGAGUAUCGGCGAAUGACACGGGGAAUCACAACAACGAAAACGGAAAUAAAUAAUAACACGGUAAAAUAAUCAUGGGGGUAAAGGACAUAUUUGAUACACCUCUCUCUACCAGCUAUGUUGUUGGACUUUUUCAAAGGUUCAUAUUUUUGCGGUUGUAAAAAUGAAGGGUAAAACAGGCUAACCCCUAAAUCAAUCUGUUUUAUAUCUAUC